AUGAGAUACUCAGAUCUACCAUUUGAAAUCCUUGAGCACGUUUCUGAUUAUCUAUCGACAAAUGACAAACGCUCUUGUUCCCUGACAUGCAAGGGGUGGAGAUACCCAUUUCAAAAGGCUCUGUGGAGAUACAUACGAGUCAAAUCAUACAGUGGCGUUCAAAAACUUAUCCGCAGUAUUAAAAAGUCUCAAUAUGUUUCCACAACUUACGGUCUCUCGGUUUAUAGCCUACGAAUAUAUGGUUCUUACCUUGGAAUAAAGACAUCAGAUAUAGAAUUUUCUGAAUUAUUCAAGCACCUGCCAAACUUGAGGUGUCUGCAUCUAGAACUCAUAACCUAUAAACGCAUCUAUACGGACAUAACAAGCUCAGACAAAAUAUGGACGUCUCUUGAAACGCUGAAAAUACAAUGGGAAUACAGUAGUUUUGAACAAGAAAAGAUAAACUUCUUUGAAUGUAUAAAAGCGUGUAGAAUGCUCCAAGAAUUAGAAAUACGGAGGGGUUUAAGGAAUGAACUCUUAUAUUUUAGUAUGAACGACUUUGACAACAUGCCCAACAACCUGAAAAACCUAUCGUCUAUCUCGGUUUACAUAAAUCACAAUCAUGACUUUUUGCCUACACUGGACACAAUCCCAAACACGGCACCGGUUUUUUCGGUGGCAUCCCUAAAUAUAAAUUGGGACGAAAUCAGAAGCAGCAGAAAUGAAAGUUGGAAUAUAUGGAGCCCUUUGUGGCUGUACUAUUUGGGCUACAAAUAUCCAAACUUACGCUCCUUAAGGCUGAAUAUUAAGCCCCCACGGAUGAGGGUGUUAAACCGGGACAAUAGCGAAAGAACCAUAUCUCUUUUACGAUCCAAUCAAAACGCAUUUCGACACAUGGAAACAUUGGAUCUCAUACGCGACCAAGAUUUAGAACUUUCCAAAUGUAUUUUAUUGGAAUUGUUUAUUCCAUUAAGAGUCCCUCUUAGACAUUUGACAUUGGAUCCAGGACCAUUGGGAGACCUAAACUCUUCAUACUCAAUGGAUGUUAUUAAGGUUCUAGAAUCCUUUUCCAGAACACUCCAGAGUUUUUCUGCUCGAGGCUUUCAACUUAAUCUUCGGGACAAAGAUCCGUCUUUCAAGCUAUACUCUUACUAUCCUCUUUUGACGAACCUUUGCAUCAAUAACAUCGAUGUGUAUCUUGAUUUUGGUCAAUUGUUGGACAGAUGUGUGGCCCUCAAAGAAUUGCAAUUUUGUGCUGGAACAUUGGUCAUCAAUCCAAAUACGACAACCGAGACUUCAAAACAGCAGCAGCACGGAUUGCAGAUCUUGACAUUACGAAAAUGCUCCGGAUUUAUUUAUGAAAAAACCGGGUGCUUGCUGCUAAAUAUGCCGCAUACUUUCUUAAAAACUCUGACUAUCGGUCAUAUUCAAUACGUUCCACCAUACGAAAGAACAAAUGUAUACAAUCAGAGUCGUCUAACGCUUCUGUCUCAAUUAAACGACUUUCCGUCAUCAGAAGACAUAGGCGAAAGAAAAAGAAAUGAAACUGAUUCAGAGCACCAUGUAUUAACAAGCCACCGCAUUGCUUGGAUCUAUACAUAUUACACAUUUGGACCUUUUGAGAAUGGCAGAGUAAAAACUACAAGACUUUCAAAGAGUGGAGCCGAUAUCGCAUUUAAAUACUUUCAAAACUUUCCGCCCAAAUGUUUCUUCCAAACUUUAGAACAUAAAAGCCUCUAUGAUGAAGAAUUCGACGAUAUGACGAGGGCAUGCGAACUUCAUAAAGGAUAUGGCCAAUUCAAAUUUGGCAAGAUUGAAUCUGUUCAUGUUGUAAAUAAUACAUAUUUUAUACUCCUCUUUAAUUCCCCUAGAUCCUCUUCUAAUAUCUUGUCUUUCAUUAAGCAAGUGCUGAUUGCGCCUUGUAUCUAUUUACGAUCACCACCAAAAGCUCAAGUACAACCAGAGCUACCAUUCGAGAUUCUUGCGCAAAUCGCUGAUAGGCUGUCUACAGAUGACAAACGCUCUUGUGCACUGGCAUGCAAGGGAUUAAGACACACAUUUCAAAGGGCUCUCUGGAGAUAUAUACGAGUCCAUUCAUACCGUGGCGUCCAGAAACUUAUCGACAAUAUCAAAAGGCAUCAAACUGUUUCCACACCUUACAGUCUCUGGGUUUAUAGCCUACGGAUAUAUAGCUCUUACUCUAUAGCAGAAACAUCAGAUAUAGAGUUUUCGGAAUUAUUCAAGUACCUGCCAAACCUGAGGUGUCUGGAUCUAGGACCCAUAAGCUAUGAACGCAUCUAUACGGACAUAACAAGCUCGGACAAAAUAUGGACGUCUCUGGAAACCUUGAAGAUACAAUGGGAAGGAAAUAGUUACAUACAUCAAAGGAUAAACUUCUUUGAAUUUAUAAAUGGGUGUAGCAAGCUCCGGAAAUUAGAAAUACGCAAGGGCUCCAUGAAUCAACUUCUCGAGUUUAGUAUGAAGGACUUUGACAACAUGCACCGUCACUUGAAAACCCUGUCAUCUAUCACGGUUCACGUAAAUCCCACUUCUGACUUUUGGACUACAUUGGACACAAUCCCAAGCACGGCACCGGCUUUCUCGGUGACAUCUCUGAAUAUCAAUUGGAAACAACAAAGAGACAGAAAUGGAAGUUGGAAUAGCUGGAACCCUUUGUGGCUGUACUAUUUUGGCUACAAAUAUCCAAACUUGCGUUCCUUAAGGUUAAAUUCUAGGACCAUGUGGCCAAGCACAUUAAUAAUGGACAAGAGGGAAACAAUGAUAUCUCUUUUUCGAUCCAAUCCAAACGCAUUUCAACACCUGGAAACAUUCGAUUUCAAACACGACAUAUAUUUCAAGCUUUCCAGAUUCAUUUUAUGGGAGGUGUUUCGUGAAUUAAGAGUCCCUCUUCGGCAUUUGACAUUGGAUCCAACACAAUUGGGAGAACUAGACGCUUCAUACUCAAUGGAUGUUAACAAAGUUCUAGAAUCGUUUUCCAAAACACUCCAGAGUUUUUCUGUUCAAGGCUUUGAAUGUAUUUCUGGGGUCCCAAAUCCGAUUUUUGGACUAUACUCUUACCACCCGCUUUUGACGAACCUUUGUAUCAGCAGCAUCGAUGUAACUCUUGAUAUAGUCAAUUUAUUGGACAAAUGUGUGGCCCUCAAACAGCUGAAAUUUUGUGCUGGAACAUUGGUCAUCGAUCCAAAUACGACAACCGAGACUUCAAAACAGCAGCAACACGGAUUGCAGAUCUUGACAUUACGAAAAUGCUCCGUAGCCUUUGAAGUAUUCAAUUACGUCUCGUCCAGGUGUAGAUGUUUGAAACAAAUGACCUUGUAUACUUUGCACAUCAAGGGAUCUAUUUGUAAAAUAACCGGGUGCUUACUACUCGAUAUGCCGCAUACUUUCUUGAAAACUCUUAAUGUCGGUCAGCUUCGAUACGGUCCAUCAUAUGAAGAAACGAAUGUAUACGACCAUAGUCGUCUGACGCUUCUGUCUCAAUUAAACGACGUUUCAUUAACAGACGAAAAAACCAAAAGGGAUACAAAUGAGAUUGAUCCAGAGCACCCUGCAUUAACAAGUCAGCGUAUUGAUUGGCUCUAUACAUAUAACGCAUCUCCACAUUAUAAGUAUAAGAGAGUAAAAACUACAAAACUUUCAAAGAGUGGAGCCAAUAUCGCAUUCGAAUACUAUCAAAGAUUUCAGUCCGAAAAAGUACUACAAAAUUUAAAACAUCAAUGCUUGUGCAAUAGAGAAAUCGACUAUAUGGAGAGGGAAUACGAGCUUAACAAAGGAUAUGGUCAAUUGAAAUUUGGAAAGGUUGAAUCUUCCCGUGUUAUAUGA